CUGUGCUCACCCCCUCGGUGAUGAUCCCACACGCCAACGUUACCGCACAGCAGAACCAUCCCCCAGGCACCCUCCACCAGUGGCAGCCACAGCAAGUUCAACAACAUCACCUCUAUCUUCAGAUGCAAGGUGCUACUGAGCCGGUCCAGGCAGGCCAAAACCAGCGCAUAUUCCAACCGUCUCACCUGCAGCAGCAGAAUGCCACUAUGGACUAUUUCCACCACCCGCAGCCACAGAACCACCACCUGCAGGGCCAGCCUUGUGGCUUGCAAGACCUGUCCGAAAUGCAAAUGCCUUGA